CACUACCACCGCUAGAACUUUCUCCCUCUCCUCCUCCAGUCCUCCCAUUUCUCCCCGUCUCUCUCUCUCUCUCUGUUCCAAUGUAAAAGAAAGAGAUUGUUAUACAAUCUCUGUCUCCUUUUCCUCCUCUAAUUCUCGGCGCGAAACUUUUCUCGCGCUUCUGAUCCGGAGAUUUGGCGUUCUUGGGUUUUCUUCGAGCUCCUUCAACAGUAUUGGGUUGAGAUUAUCUGUGUUCUUUGUCCCCGCUGGCAGAUCGCGGGCCAGGGGGGGAUUCAAUUGCCGUUCGAUUUCUUGUUUCGUGGGCGUUGAGCGGAGCGGUCUGAUCUCCCCAAUUCCGAGUGAGGCUUUGUGCUCUAGGAAUUGAACCCCAGAAGUCUCUUUAGUUCAAGGUUUUCCUGUUUUCGAGCUUCUCCAGAUGUGCUAGUAAAUUAUUCCUUGGUAUUUCCUAUCGGCCAAUCUGAUCUUGAUGAGGAAGAAAAGGAAAGGGAGCGAAUGUGAUGCCUGUGAGGAUAUACACGAUAGAACUACAUCGCCCAGUGAUCAUGGCGCUACUAAGGGAUCUAAUUUGAUAUCCUAUUACUCAUUAGAAGAUUACAAUAGGAUAAACAAGAGGUGUAAAGAAGAUGCGGGUGAUGAGCCGAUCAAUUCAUUCAAAAAUAGGCUUGCAGGUGUUGCUACCGCACCACCUUGUGGUGCUUCAUCGUCCUUGGUGUCUCCUGGAAGGGGGCUUAAGAGAAAGAUAGGGUGUAUAGAAGUUGCAACUCAGACUGGUAGAAAGAAUAAGAUUGAGGAUGACUAUAUUUUUGGUGCCACACUGGGACGGGGCAAGUUCGGAUCCGUUUCCUUGUGUACAUCAAGGACAUCUGGAGUGGAGUUUGCUUGUAAGACCUUAAAGAAGGGGGAGGAGACUGUUCAUAGGGAGGUGGAGAUAAUGCAACACUUAUCUGGACAUCCUGGGGUUGUGACCUUGCAUGCUGUCUACGAGGAGUCGGAAUCUUUUCAUCUUGUGAUGGAAUUCUGUUCUGGAGGGCGAUUGAUCGAUCAAAUGGUGAAGGAGGGUCAGUACUCUGAGCAACGGGCUGCUAAUAUAUUCAAGGAUGUGAUGUUAGUGAUCAAGUAUUGCCAUGAGAUGGGGGUUGUCCACAGAGAUAUAAAGCCUGAGAAUAUACUUCUUGCUACCUCGGGAAAGAUAAAACUGGCAGAUUUUGGCCUGGCCAUGAGAGUUUCAAAUGGUGGUCAGACAUUAUCUGGUUUGGCUGGAAGUCCAGCAUAUGUUGCACCUGAAGUUCUGCAAGGAAAUUAUUCUGAGAAGGUUGAUAUAUGGAGCGCUGGUGUGUUACUACAUGCCCUCUUGGCUGGUGCUCUUCCAUUUCAAGGAGACUCCUUAGAUUCUGUCUUUGACGCUAUAAAAACAGUGAAGCUUGAUUUCCAGUCAGGGAUAUGGGAUUCAGUGUCCAAACCUGCACGUGACCUACUUGCAAGAAUGUUGACUAGGGAUGUUUCAGCGCGGAUAACUGCAGAUGAAGCACUGAGGCAUCCAUGGAUACUGUUCUACACAGACCGCACACUGAGAUCCCUGUCUUUCAAGACAAAACUACGGCAUCAGGGUCGACCAACUUCGAGCCAAGCCAGCACUUCACACGUAUCAGAGUCGGGUAGAAGUCAGGUUGUAGUAGGUAGCUCGCUCGUCGAGGGUUCCUGGAAGCAUGCAGUUUUAGAUAGCUUAACCUGUAAGUCAGAAGAGGAGGAAGAAUGUGAAUUUGUGGAUGCCCUUGCCCUGGCCAUUUCUCAUGUGGAGAUCUCUGAGCCAAAAAGAAGCAGGUUGUGCAGCCCAUCAAGUCCGAUAGAGCAGCAGCAAUGUUCAUCUAACAUCACUGUCAGCACUCUUUGUAGAGCGUUCUGAUCUUCUGCUGAUGCCGACUGACUGACGUCGCUAACUUGAUUAUCUCCACUGUUAUUUUUUCGAGCUGGGGAUUCACAAAAGGUUGACAGACAAGAAGAAAUGGCCCCUAGUUGGAGUUAGUUCUCAGUGGGCGACAACAAUGGUGGUUUAUAAAGUAGGCAUAAACAACCAUGUGAUGGUCGGUAUAUGGUGGUGGUGUCUUCUCCCUCAAUAACACAUCUCUCUGUGAAGAUCAUUCUCUUUAUAUUGCUAUUCGUGUAUUUGACAAUCUUACCUAAUAAUAACUAGUGUGGUGACAACUUAGAUGAGUUCUGUACAGAAUUUUGUAUAUAGAAGAUUGCUAAUGAAGCCCUUUUAUUCUAGUUUGACUGUCUUUUGCAUUAUUCAGUACUUUUCAAAUCCCAGCGACCUGUAAGUUUGGGUGCUUCUCAGUGCCAAAUCUGAUCUGAAAAUUAGGAUCUCGGGUUUCCCAACUUGUAUUGUUUAAUGGGGGGGAUCUUGUUUGCUGUCUUUA